UUUGAAAUCCGCAAACUUGAGAUCAGCUGACUCGGAGGAGGAUUCCGUCCAAACUAAACCUUCCGCACAUGAUCCUCCUAAGAAGCUCUGGCAUACUGAUAAAGAUGAAGAUGCAGGUCAGAUGGAUCUAGAGGAGACAUCUGAUACCGCCAGUCUAGACCUCUCCAUCAAUUUCAGUUUUAAGCCAAAAGCCGAAGAACCAGUUGCUCUUGAUACAAACAAACCCUUUGCACAUAAACAAGAAGUUUCAAGCACAAACCCAGGGUUAAGAAGUUCUCAGCCUGGUGGAUAUGUUGGGUUUGGAUCUCUGCCUGACCAGGUUUACCGGCGUGCUGUAAGGAAAGGAUUUGAGUUUACCUUAAUGGUUGUUGGAGAAAGCGGACUAGGGAAGUCUACCCUGGUGAACUCGAUGUUUCUAACUAAUAUUUACCAAAGUGGUCCUAAAUCUAAAUCAGAAAUAAAAAGAACUGUUGAUGUUGAGCCCCACACAGUUCUUCUCGAAGAAGGAGGGGUUAAACUAGCACUUACUGUAGUGGAUACUCCAGGUUUUGGCGACUCUGUCAACAAUACAAAUUGUUGGGUGCCGGUCACAGAGUACAUAGAAAACCAGUUUGACCAGUUUCUUGAAGCUGAACAGAGGGUUAAUAGGGUUCAGCUGGUUGAUACAAGAGUUCACGCUUGCUUAUACUUCUUGGCUCCCGGAGGCCAUGGGCUCAGAGAACUCGAUAUACAGGCGAUGAAAAGAUUACAUGAUAAAGUAAAUAUAAUUCCUGUGAUUGGAAAAUCUGAUGCCUGCACUCAAGACGAGAUUAAACGAUUCAAAGCUACGAUUCUGGCUGAGCUGGCUGAAAACCAGAUUAAUGUUUAUGAUUUCCCCCCAACAGAGGACCCAGAGAUUGAUUGGAUGAGAGAGCAGGUUCCCUUUGCAGUGGUUGGUUCCGAUACAAUUACUCAGGAUAGCGAGGGGAGAAGGUUUCGAUGCCGACAAUAUCCCUGGGGAACCGUGAAUAUAGAGGACAGAAACCAUUGUGAUUUCACAGCUCUACGCAGCCUCCUUCUCUCACAUCAUAUGCAAGACCUCAAAGAUGUUACUAACACAGGACACUACGAAACAUACAGAUGUAAGAAGCUUACCUCUCUGCUGGGGGAGGAAGAUGAGGAACUGGAAAGCCAUCCUUUAGCCCAGAUGGAGCAUGAGUCGAGGGAACACAAGGUUAAUGUGGAGAGGAUGGAGAAGGAGAUGGAAGAGGUCUUCAGGAAGAAGGUUGAUGAGAAGGAGGAGAAGAUGAGAAGAGAAGAGGAGGCAGGGAUGAAGGAGUUGGACAAGGAUAACAAGCGACUUCAAAAACUUAGGGAUGAUUUGGAUAGAGAUAGGGAUUCUUUUAACAAGGAGGCAAACACUUGGGAUUCUAGUACACGACAGUACAAUUACAGAGUGAAAAGUGAGGAGAGUCUAGGAAAGAAGAAGAAGUAUGGUCUUGACAGAAUCCCGUUCAAGUUUGGAAGAGCGUAGAAACUUGGUUUCACAUCGUUUUUCCUUGCUAUAAUACAUAUAUGACAGAAUCCCAUUCAAGUUUGGAAGAGCGUAGAAACUUGGUGGCACAUCGUUUUUCCUUGCUAUAAUACAUAUAUGGCAGGGUUGUGUAGACAUACAACUUUGCUAGCCUGAUUAUUCAAAUGCCGUUUUUUCAUUUAAAG